AUGGCUAAGGAAAUCACAGACAUCAAGCAAUUUUUGGAAUUGACCAGAAGAGCAGACGUUAAAGGUUGCACCGUCAAGGUCAACAAGAAAUUGAACAAGGCUGGUAAAUCUUUUAGACAAACCAAAUUCAAGGUUAGAGGUUCCAAGAACUUGUACACUUUGGUCGUCAACGAUGCCGGUAAGGCUAAGAAGUUGGUUCAAUCUAUGCCACCAACUUUGAAGGUUAACAAAUUGUAA